ACAUAUUUACUGAACGUCCGCCGGUGGUGGUUGGGGGUCCUGCAGUGAACAAAACCAGUUCCUACCCUUGGCAAGCUUCCGCUCCGGGGCGCAGGUGGCAGGCUUUGCCACCAAACUUGGACCCUCCCUGCCCGGCCUCGGGAGCGGUGGCAGGACCCGUGGAGCCCUGGGGCCACGGCGCUGGAAGCUUUGGGGAACAGUGGGGAGGUCCCUCGGAGCGGGCUCACUGCCAGUGGCAUCUCUGAGCAGGUCGAGCGGCCCGCUCUGGCUGGCAGGACAGUCCUGGCAUCGCUGAAGGAGAGCAGGUGGGGACGGCCGGGGCUCUGCGUGACCUCCCCGUGUGCCACACGUUGGGCACAUACGUAGGUACCUCACCUCACAGGUGAGGAAACUGAGGCCCGCAAUUGUGACAUGUCCACCUAGCAAGAGGCAAGGCUGGGGUUUGAACCGAGAUCAGACUCCAAAGGUUUGUGCCCUGAACUCUUGGGCAGUGACACCGAGCCCUGGAACUAAUCCCCUUUGUGAGGUGGCCCUGGGAGUUGGCAGUGGUUCCGUCCUGCUGGGGGAGGGGCAGGCAGAAGCCAGGGUCAGGGACCUGAGGAGAUGGUUCUCGCCAUGCUGGGGGCUCUGUACCCGAGGGCCGGGCUGAGCCUCUUCCUCCUGGACCUCGUCUUGGCAGCCGCACUCCUCGGCCCCCAGCCACCGAGGCCUCAGCGAUCUGUUCCUGAAGAACUUUCAGGCCCUCUAGAACUCUCGCAGCCAUUUUCCGGCCUGGUGGAUGACUAUGGGAUUCGACCCAAGCACCCCUGGCCACGAGGGCCUCGACCCCUGCUCUCCCAGGCCCAGCAGCGCAAGCGGGAUGGGCCAGACAUGGCAGAGUAUUACUACGACGCACACCUGUGACGGGAGCCCCUUAUAAAGCUAUUCUGGGCAGCAAA